AUUUUUUGAGAUGCACCUGAACAUAGGACCAAGUUUAAAACUCAAACUUACAUUACAGAACACAUAUGGUCUUUUGAUUCUUGCAUAUUUAGUGUCAUUUAUUUUUGUUUACUAUCACCGUAUCAUCGUUUAGCCCAGAAUCUAUUAAUAUACACCACACGCCCUCCUGUUUUACUGUGGCUAUUUUGGGUGCGGGAAUGCUGGACUGCCCCACACUGCCUGCUCAUUUUGGUGAUAAGGGGAAGACAUUAAACAGGGCAAGCUGUUUCAUACUGUACACUAUGAACAUAUUCUGUUGCUAUGUUGUAGAGAAUUAAAAAAAUGUACCACUGGUUGAGUUUUAAUAAGGCUAUACUGUAACUGAAUUUUGGUGCAAUGUGACGUUUCCAUUAUACUGGUGAGUUAAUGAGGCUCUUGAUUUGGGAUUAUAAACAGGUCUGGAUCUUUCUUCACAGUGUUUGAUGAGGAUGCACUCCCAAGGAGUGUCGGUCAGGUCUCCUCCGUCUCCUUCUUCAGCAUUUGUACCUAUCAGUGAUAAAGACAUGACUGAGAUUGAAUUGCACUCUGUGGACUCCAUCAGUGAUCUGCACCGCACACACCCUGAACAGCACAGCAAAGGUGUCCGACCUCCACGUCCACAACCUCCAUCCAUCAAUGGGAACCUUCAAAUGAUUGACAGGCCAGUCGUCUGUCAAACAGGGUAUCGAAUGAGAAGGUCCCAUUUGAGUCAACUCAGCGAUAUGUGGACUUCCUCUAAGUGGCGCUACUCUUUGACAUGUGUGGCUGUAAUGCUGAUCCUCCUCACAGUCAUUCUCAUCUUUAUCGUCUUAGUCCAGCAGAGCAGAACUCUACACAGGCUGGCUGAGGCAUUGAGUCAAAGGCAAGAAACAACAGACGAAACGUCUAUCAUCUUUCAGGAACUCCAGGCUCUGCGCAGAAACCUGACUGCACUGAAGAUCAGACAAUAACCACCCACAAACAUCGCGCACAGAUAUCUUCAUAAUGAAUACGGUUUAUGAUCCUGUGUAUGUAAAGCAGUGUACCGGGGUCAGUCCAAAAGUGUGUCAACAUCCUAUCAACAUGGGAUCUCAAAAGUGUACUGUGUAAAAUUUCAGACACACUCCAUAUGACUAUACUGACUAUAAAACCAUCUCAAUGACACAGUGGUAAUGGAGUAUAUGUUUGUGUGUGUUAGAGAUUACCAGUCAGA